GUUUUCACUAUAUUGUUUUACCAGUAUUUUUUCGCAUGUUUCAAAGGUGCAGAGUACAAGUUAAAUUUUUAAAAUAGUUUUAGAUAUAACUAUUACAGCUAUAAUUGAUUAAUCUUAUGAUUGAAAUGGUUGAAAGAAAUGUGUACGUUCCAAGAGUUAAUCAGAUUGAUGCCAUUCAUUUAAAUAAAGACAUUACACGAUUAAUACGUGAUAAUUUACUAGAAAAUUUGCAAGCUAUUUCACCCGCUUUGUUUGCGAAGAUACAACCGGAAUUAGACUUACUUGUUCAAUCAGCAAUUUGGUUUGGUUCAAUUGGUAAACAAGGUUCAACAUUUGGUCAACAAUUGCUUGUUCUUUCCUAUGAUUCAGAACGUUUAACUUUAUCCCGACUAUGUCUACAUUUUGCAUUAACGAUAAUACCAAGCUAUUUAAGAAAUUUGGACGAACGUCGUUUAACUGUACAAUCUGAAUGGUUACAUAAAGCAAUCGAAUGGGGAGAAAAUACAGCUCUUUUAUGUUCUGUGUUAAAUUUCUUUCGCUUUUUGAAGACCGGUCGCAAACCGACCAUUGUCGACUUUUUACUUGGUUUAGAUUAUAUAAGUUUACGGCAUAAUCAAAGGCGUGAUAUAGGCUACAAAUACCUCACGCGCGAAUUAUUGUGGGGUGGUUUCAUGGAAAUUUUGGGGCUCCUGCUACCGGUAAUUAAUUUUAGAAAAAUUCUGCGGUUUUUAAACAAUACUAUUAGAAGUAUGAAUACAAAAGAGGACAGGCGUAUGGCUAAUACCGAGGAAAAAGUCGUACUGAAAUCGAAUACUAUUUGCACUUAUUGUGAAGAAAGACCAACCAUACCACAUCACAUGAGUUGCGGUCACAUCUACUGCUAUUAUUGUUUGGCAGCCAAUAUUGCUACUGAUGCCAGUUUCAGUUGCACGAAAUGUGGUACAAGUAGUACGAAUGAAAUUCAUGUGCUGUAGCCGGAUUUAUUUCUAAUUGAUUGAAAUAAAAAAAGAUUAUGGCGAUGGAAAAAAUAUAUUUAUAUUUAAACUACUUGGAGCUUGUUUCGACAUUUUUGACGUCGCCAAAAAGAGAUAAUUAUACUUUAGCUUCAUUGCUUUACACCUAACGGAUACUGAAUUUAUUCGUGUACAUUUAUAAAAAAAUUUUAAAUAUUUUCAAAAAAUUAGUUAAGUAAGGGUAACUUCCAUUAUUAGUACAUUCUAUUAUUAUGAGCCGAAUAUUCGCUUGUGAAUAUUUAAAAUUGAAAUAAAUAAAAAGAUCGGUAAACCUUUUGAUCUUACCACUCCUUUUAA